UCCUCAUUCCCCUACCCCUCUCUCUCUCUCUCUCUGCUUCCGUCUUUCUUCCUCCUCUUCGCGUCCUCUUCGCUUGCCCCGCGCCCUGGUUAAAGAAACCCUAAACCUAGAACCAAUUGAUCCAUCCUGUGGUAUUUUGCUUAAUCUAUCGGAUCCCUUCCCUCUCGGAGCUGGAUCCGAUAACACCUCCCGAUCGUUCCUCCGGGAGCUUGGACCUUUAUCGGCAAUCAUUGCUCUCUUGAUAUGACAUGCUGGUCAGAUGCUUGCCUGUGAUGAAGUCUAGGCCUUUUACUGCAUCAAUAUUUCUUCCUGAUGAGUUGGUAUCUAAUGAUUGUCAAGAAAUAUCAGAUACUGAGCCCAUUCUUCCAAAGCUGACUGCUGCAGGCAGUUCCCAGGAGUUGACAUCUUCAAGUGAAAUUAGACCUGUGCUCAGCGAUUGUGAUCAAAAUGUUGAUGAUGAUAUUGACGAUGAGCGUCGCAAUCUGGUCAAUCAAGAUCCUCCACAAUGCCGAAUUUGCCUUGAUAUCGGAGGUGACGACUUGAUUGCACCUUGCUAUUGCAGGGGUACACAGAAGUAUGUGCAUCGGUCCUGUCUUGAUAACUGGAGAUCAACUAAGGAGGGCUUUGCAUUUGCACACUGUACAGAGUGCAGGGCAGUUUUCUUAUUGCGAGCAAAUGUGCCUCCGGAUCGCUGGUGGCUAAGAUUGAAGUUUCAGCUCCUUGUAGCUAGGGACCAUGUCCUUAUAUUUGUUAUUGUGCAAUUGGUUGUGGCUUUCUUGGGUAUGCUGGUCUACAGAUUCUACGGUGAAGAACUGAGAGAAAUGUUUGGUUAUGAAGAACAUCCUUAUGGAUUCUAUACAAUGGCCAUAUUGGCUGUUAUUCUGGUGGGCUUGCUAUAUGGUUUCUUCAUUGCUAUAAUCUGUGGACAGAGAAUUAAUGAGCGGCAUUAUCAUGUUCUUGCAAAGCAGGAGCUGACAAAGGAGUACGUGGUUGAAAAUCGAGAUGAAAAUAAAAACUUGCCAGAGCUUGAUCCUAGUCAUGUUACAGAGUUGAGAAUGCUGGGUCUUUAUUGAGCUGAUGUAGAUUUGCAAUGAUCUGGUUAUCUGCUACAUCUUUCCCAGGUUAUGGAAUGAUGCUUCCUUGUUUAGUUGACCAUGUGAUACCAGAAGAAACAAGCAUGGAUUAUACCUGAACUAGAGCUGGAGAUUUUUGCUUCAUUGCACCAUCUUCAGUGGGCAUCUGGAGUUCGCUUUACACCUCCCUGAAAUUGAAGGCAAAUUUAAGAAUUCUUUUGCUUUAUCUUCGUGCAAAUGUUUAGAGAUGUGUCGUAUACUAUUCUUUAUGUACACUAGUUAAACUUCUGCACGCCACUGCUUGUUCCAUCCAUCAUGUAACCCAGAACACUUCUAUUCUAUGAUUUCUUCUAUUUGGUUAUGUACCUGAAUAUACCUUCAAGGAUACAAUUGUAAUCCCUGACAUGGUCAAUUUUACCGAUGGAAGAAUAGGCUUGUUCAACAUAAAUCGUUUUUUUGUCA